UAUUUACAUUUUAAGAUUUUGCAUCUGCUCAUAAAACACGGCGUCAAAAUAUUAUUGGUUAGUGAUUACUUUUAGAUAUCUUAGCCUUAAUUAAAUGUUAAAGAUGUAUGGUAUUUUAAUUAAAAACACACGCACAUUGGCCAAGCCAAGUCAGAACCGAAAAAAUUAGAAGCUUCUCUUUUCUGGUAAUUACGGUACCAGCCGUCAUGCUACCGGAAAGGCCAUUGUGUUGUCCCUUUUGUACGCUCACCCUCCGUUUGUGUCGCGCUGUUUUCUAACAUCAUUCUCGGCGGCAGCAGAGUAAAACAUGUCCACAAACAUGCCGCCGGGCAGCCUGAACCUGGAGUCACAGCUUCUGUCCAUAAUGGACGUGCUGGUGAAGGCGGCGGUGGCGGAAAUCAGUCAGCUGUUCUCGGAGAGCUCGGCGUCUCUCCGCCUGCACUUAACCCAGAGCCUGAAGGAAAACGAAGCCCUGAGGAUGAGGAUGAAGGUGAUGAGGAGCGAGCUCUUCUCUCUCCGGCUGCAGACCAGGACGAACCGGCCGGCGAGCCGCUUCUCUCCAAUCAGAGGAAAUAUCCCCAAACCACGGGCUAAACCACAAGUUGUCAUUAAACCACCAGUGGCUCAAAAGGCUGUAGAGGAAGCUGUUUCUAUUUCUCUUCAGCCAGACAACAAGACUUCCUCCUCUUCCACUCAAGUGCAGUGUGCAGAUGUGGAGAGUCCAGAUGUCAUCCUGAUCAAGGAUGAAGACGACAUUGGAGGAUGUGGGACAGAUGAAGGUCAGGAUGACUUUGGAAGCCACAGCACGCAGGGAGGUGUUACCACAGGGACUCAGAAUUUAGAGUCUGCCGGUUCCUCUUCCUGUCUAACAGGUGAUAAUGAGGAGCUGAGAAUUGUGAGUGUUCACGGCCGAGGAGAAGGGCCUCUGCAGGACGAGAGUGACACCCUCUUCACUGCCUCUGAGCUUCAGGCUUUCAGCUCCCUGUCUCCAGACCACAGCAUCACCCACGACAGUCUCCUCACUUUCACCACUGGUGCCAGCGACAGAGGACCAAUGAGAGCGAUGCAGGAUAACAGCGUUGGAUUGGUGAGAAACAGCCAGCUGGAGAGAAAUCAUCCCGCAGUGUUGAAUUCUGCAGUAAAAACAACAAUAGUGGGAGCUGAUGGUCAAGUGGGGCACCCCAGUCACAUCAGCCAGUUCCCCCAGCAGCAGAACAUCUUCACUCAUGGCGUCAACAAAUCCCUGGACUGCAGCUUCUGCGGCGAGCGCUUCCUCAGCCGCGAAGACCUAAUCGUUCACCGGGCGAGUCACACGGGAGAGUCGCCCGUUCCUUGCACAUUGUGCGGCAAGUCGUUCGUCAACAAGACCACGCUGAGCAUCCACAUGCGCAUACACACUGGCGAGAAGCCGUACGCUUGUCCACAGUGCGGGAAGCGCUUCACGCAGAACGGCAGCCUGAAGAUCCACCUGAGGACUCACUCCGGAGAGAAGCCGUACACCUGCAACCAGUGCACCGCCAGCUUCAACAACCCCAGCAACCUGCGCAGACACAUGAUCACACACAACACUAAUGGAGUGCUCUGACCAUGACUCACGAGAAGAUUUAAAGCCUUUUAACAUGGAGUUUUGUUACUUUUGCUGACACAUGUGCCAUGAUGUAUAUUUUGGGGGAAUGUGUUUUGUCAUGGGUCAGAUGUACUUAAUGAUCUACAAGUCUGGACUGUUGUGUUACAAAAUAAGCACUCAAACACACAUGAUCUCUGUUCACAGAGGUGAGACUUGCAUUUUUCUUAAUUCUAGGAAAACCAGCAAUAGGAAAACAACCUUCAAAGAUAAGAUGCCUUUUUUAUUUUCCUUCCUGGCCAGACAGGCUGGCGGAGUGAAUUUUUAUACAGUUAGAAAAUCGGACAAAUUUUUGAUGGCUCACGUCAUCUCAAGCCCAUAAUUUAAGGUGACUGUCUUUAUGCUACUUGAAUAACUUUGUCACCAAGACUUUACCAACUUUGUAUCGCAGAGCUGUAGCACAGCACUAGACUGCUACCUGAAUGGCUGAAUGUGCAGCAGAUGCUGAUUAGGAUCGUAAAAAGAACAAAAACAUGGACAGGGACACUGAAAUAAAAAGGAAACACAGUACAACUUUGGGUGAGCAAUAUGGAUGCAUUUUCUAUCGCUGUAUGUCGUUUUAUAUCCUGGUACUGAUAUAUAUAUAUUGUGAUACAGUAAGUUUGAUGGAAAUUCAAAAAAUGAGUUCAUCUGUAAUGGUUGAGAAACUGUUUAUUUAUUAAAUAACCAAACAGGGAUUAGUGUCAGACUAAUUCAGUUCAUUAAAGUACUUACAAAUAAAGGUUUUUAAAUGGACGUUUCAUUGGUAUUUUAUGGCAGAAUCCACUUAUGUGGUUGACAAAUUUCUGUUAUAUCACAGUGUGUACUGUCACAAACCACAUUUACAAAAGAAAAUGUUAAAAGAGUGCUAAGUAUUAAGUGUUUUAACCCGUUUAAAGUGGCAGAGUAGUUUCUCCUGUCACACAGCUAAUGCAAAUUCCCAGAUAAACUGACUGAGUGUCAGACGUGGACUCACAGUGUCAGUCGGAACAUUAGAACUGACUAGGAAUUUAAAGUGUGUGGCUUGUUUUAUAGUGAUCUCCAUACCUAACAUUUAGGAGAGGGCCACUUCCCCUCCUGCAUUUUUGUGUGCAUGUAUGUUUCAUUUAAAAGCAAACUACCUCCACUGUUGUCUCUGUUGCAGCUCUCUUUCCUCUCUUUUUAUACUUCCAGAUAGUUUCAGACUGGGCAAUAAUCAGUUUAGUGUGGAUUCUGUCUGUGGAUUUGUAGUCAUGGAUAUGCAAUUACAAAUAAAUACUGUUUUCCUUUUUAAA